AUGAAGUUGGUCAGUUUGGUAAUUUUCUUUGGAUUAAUUUUUGUCUCCUACUUAGAGGCGGCUAAAUCUUUGAACAACAAACCAAGCGGUAAGAUGCAAAAUCAACAGCGAACGUAACCUCUAAUUUUUACCUCUAAACUGGAUUUUUUAUACUUUGUUUUUGUUUUGGAUUUGAGGCUUCUAAAUCUUGUUAUUCUUAUUUGUUCUUCCUGAAUUAUUUACUUUUUAUUUUUUUUAAAUUACGGUUAACAUGCUCUCGGCUUGACCCUAACUAAAGCGGCGCGCGAGCUUUUUCAACUUAACUCGUCUCUCCAAGAUUGGAACACUCUUUUUCACAAACUAGCUCAAUUAAUAUAAUUUUUGUGUCUUUUUUUAAGCCCACAGUGACAGAGCUACCAUCGUUAACAGCGGCGACACCAUCAUUUUGCAUCCAGCCCUCAGGAAGGACACUGAGAAGUCAUUACAUUGCACGAAGACUGCUUGCAAAUGGAAGCCAUGUUCUUAUAAAGCAAAAGAUUCCUCGACCUGCUUGAAUUACGCAAAAUUCAUCAUAAUUGGCCAAGGAAAAAUGAAAGGAAAACCUAUCAACAGUGGGGACACAGUGUCUCUGUUCUCUACUAAGUUCGGUCCUCACUACAAGCUGACUUGCAGUAGAUCUUCCAAAGUAAAGUGUCACUUAGAUAAGUAAGUAGUAAAGCUGCUUGAAUUUGGAAUUGCCUUUUGCGAGAUCAUACUGAAGCAACAGAAGACGAGGAACUCAAGCUGUUUUGAUUUUUGCCUUGCAUAUUUUUGCUUUAUGAGUUAGUUUUUACACCGAAGUAAGAAAUUAAGAGAUAACGCGGCAUUGCAAAUGGUUAAGACAUAGGCGCUAUAUUUUUAAUCCCAGCGUUGAUCUCUCUAACUCCCACUUUAUGCUAUUUUUUCUAGAUUCAACCGCGAAAUGACAGGAAACAACUGGUUGAUCUACCAGUUCGCGACUUUUCAGAUAUUUUCUAGAGACACAGAGGAUUUGAACCCAGUGCAGUAUGGCGAUGUGGUGGGACUCAAGUACUUAUUCAGUUCCAGCAAAGCAUGGCUGACCAGAAGCGGCAAAUUCCUUUAUCCGCGUAGCUGUAGCAGAAAUGACAAAACCUCUUGCGCAAAAGAGGACACUUUCACAGGCUUCAAAAUCUUUAAGAUGAAGUCGUAACGUGACAGAAGAGUCAGCAUGAAUUCCUCAACAUAAA